AUGACCGAGAUCUUCGGAUCGAAUGAUUACUCCGAUGAGUCUCCGCCUCACGUUAGUCCGUCUAACGAUAGGACGCGUGUAGAUGGUGGUGAUGCACCUAUACAUCACCACGAGCGAAGUAACUCAAGGGAUCGGGGUAACACUGGUGCCAGUGCUCAUGCUGGCACCAAUCAAGAGGUCAGGGACCGGAUUGUCCUGCGCCACGCUCCUCAAAUGGAGGCUUCGUGGAUGCCGCCAUCCCGAGAGGUGGACCAGUUGGCCGGCACUACUACCGAGCGGGAUCGAACCCCGUUGUUCGGUUGCAGAAAGAUUUGCCCACCUGAUUCCAGCACGGAAACUAUCCGUGCUGAGGAAGAAUUCUUCACCGAUGCGAUAUUCAAACAUCGGUGGUACAAUGGCAACCGUGUCUGA